GAUUACGCAUUAUAAUAAUAAAUAAAGAAAUGGCUAAUAUACCAGAAAGCGCAUUGAUUGCUGCUCAGAAAGCUGUGCAAUUUGAUAGAAAUGGAGAAUAUAAACAAGCCCUAUAUUACUACAAAGUAACAGUAAAAUCUCUUGAUGGAUUAUCCUUAGAUGCUGCAUAUGAUCAGAAGAUUACAGAUUAUCGAGAAAGAAUAUCUGCGAUUCAACAAUUAAUUAAUGAGGAAGAUGAAUCACAUGGUGCUAUUAAUCAACAAAAGUCUGAUAUUCACAGAUGUGAAUUUUUGAUAAGUCAAGCACUUGAUGCUGAUGAAGCAGGGCUUAAAGAUGUUGCUUUGAAAUUAUACACAGAUGCUGCUGAAUUGGGUCUUAGUGUAAAAAUAACUACUUCUGAAAUAAAAAUAAAGUUAAAUAAUUUAAUUCGACUUGCUCUUGAGAGAGCAGAAUCUUUAAAAGGCAUUAAAAAAAAAACUGAUGAUUUAGAUGAUAUUAUUAAAUCACUUCAAAAUUUACAACCUGUUCCUAAUGAUGAUCCUUCAGAUACAGUCUCAUCAUUACAAUCUUCUACUACAAAUGCAAGACAUCAAACAAAACCUUCACUGCACCGUGGAAGUAGUGCACAUCUUAAAAUAGCAAGUGGUAGUACCUCUUAUACGGAAGAAGAAAAAAAAGUUUUACUUCAUAGUUCUCAUAUAAAUGAUAAAGAAUUUGUACCUUUUAUGGAUGUUGAUUUAUUGGAGAGAUUUCAAUAUGCUAUACCAUUUACUGAUAAAGAUGGAUUAUUGGCAUUAGCUCCUAAACAGAAAACAACUUUUGCAAGAUGGUGCCGACCUGAAGAAUUAUUUUCUGAACCUAAGAUGUUGAUGGGACAUUAUGUUGACUACUAUAGCAUUAAACAAACUGUCAUAUCAGAUUGUUCAUUUGUAGCUUCUCUUGCUGUAAGUGCGCAAUAUGAAAAGAGAUUUGGUCGUAGGCUUAUUACAUCUAUUAUUUAUCCAAAAAAUAGGAAUAAUGAACCAGUGUACAAUCCGUUUGGAAAAUACAUGGUAAAAUUACACAUCAAUGGCAUUCCUCGCAAAGUAAUAAUAGAUGAUUUGUUACCUGUAAAUCGACACAAUCAGUUACUUUGCUCAUAUUCUAACAAUCGCGGUGAGCUAUGGGUAUCUUUAUUAGAGAAAGCAUAUAUGAAAGUAAUGGGUGGUUAUGAUUUUCCUGGAUCUGGUAGUAAUAUAGACUUACAUGCUUUAACUGGUUGGAUACCUGAGAGAUAUGCUAUAAAACCAGAUGAUCCAGAUUUUAAUAAAGAUGGUUUCUUUGAAACUCUAAGAUUGAGAUUGCAUAAAGGUGACAUGCUUGUCACAGUUGGUACAGGACAAAUGUCAGAUAUUGAAGCAGAAAGAGCAGGUCUUGUCUCUACUCAUGCCUAUGCAGUAUUAGAUGUUAGAGAAAUAAAUGGAGUUAGACUUUUUCAAUUGAAAAAUCCAUGGUCGUAUUUGAGGUGGAAAGGAAAUUACUCAGAAUUGGAUACAAUGCAUUGGACUCGUGAAUUAAGAGAAAUAUUGAAUUAUGAUCCAGAUUCUGCAUCACAAUUGGAUAAUGGAGUUUUUUGGAUUGAUUAUGACAGUAUAUGUCAGUUUUUUGUUGUCUUUCUUAUCAACUGGAAUCCUGGCUUAUUUAAAUAUACUUACUGUAUUCAUCAAAUGUGGAAUGCAGGAAUUGGACCUGUAAAAGAUGUGUAUAAUAUAGGCGAUAAUCCACAAUUUUUACUUGAAGUGCAAAGUAAUACGACAGGAGCAGUAUGGAUUCUCUUGACAAGACAUAUUACUGAUAUAGCUGAUUUUCGAGAAAAUAAAGAAUAUAUCACAGUAUUAAUAUACCGGAAUGACGGUAAAAGAGUAUAUUACCCAGAUGAUCCACCACCGUAUAUUCACGGAGUAAGAAUAAAUAGUCCACAUUAUCUUUGUAAAAUAAAAUUAGAAAAUAACAGCGAUACACGAUACACUUUGGUUAUAUCACAAUAUGAAAAAACACAUACAAUAUAUUACACUUUACGUGCGUAUGCAACAUGUCCUUUCAAAUUAUGGCAAAUACCUCAGUUAUAUAAAUAUGAAAAGGAGAUUACAGAUGGUCAGUGGAAAGGGAUUUCUGCAGGGGGAUGUUCCAAUCACACAACUUAUCCUAAUAAUCCAUAUUAUCAACUUGAUCUGGAAAGUACUGGGGAUAAUAAUUAUGUAUUAAUUAUUUUAAAAGGACCUAAAGAGUAUCAAAUAGGUUUUGACAUUGUUAUGGUAACUAUUAAUAAUCCAAAUGCAGAGGUGUUCAAAUCAAAAAAUUCUGGUUCAUUUCGGCCAGGAUUUGUUUAUUUAGAAUUAGAAAGAGUACCAGCUGGAAUGUAUCAUAUUAUUCCAUCUACGUAUCUGCCAGGACAAGAAGGCCCAUUCUUUUUGAUAUGUAAAUCAUCUUGCAAUUUAUUUCUUCGUCGAAUUCAGUAAUUAGUCAUUGUAAAAAUAUAUUUGUUGAAAAAUGGAUUUCAUUCUGUUUAUUCAACAUUAUCUAUUAAUAGAUGCAAGUGAUAUUUCAAUCAUAAAAAAGCUUAUAUAGGUAAUAAUUUUAUUGCACGAUGUUAUUGGACUUAUCUGCUUGCGUCUCAUCUAUUAUUAUAAAAAAAUAAAAUAAAGAAAAAACAGAAGAAAGAA